AUGGCAGAGGUUAAUUUUUGCAUAUAUAGGGAGCAGAUAGGUUUCAACAAAUUUAUAAACAUGCCAGAGCUCACUGAAGUAAACAAGGCCACAUCCUCUCUCAGCGAUGCUGUGGGAGGUGGUGCAGGUUCAGCAGGGUCAGGAACAGAAUCUGAUUCCGAUGACACCAUCCCUGAGCUGGAAGAUCCUGGAACUGGAACGGCUGCAGGUGCUCUUGGUGGAGCUGCAGCUGCAGCUGGCCUUCCCAUUGACAUUUCUAAGGCAAAACAAAGCCGUGGUGAGAAGAAAGCCCGAAAAAUUAUGUCAAAAUUGGGAUUGAAACCUGUGCAAGGUGUGAGCAGAGUCACUAUUCGCAAAUCCAAGAAUAUUCUUUUUGUCAUUAAUAAGCCUGAUGUUUACAAGAAUCCUGCUUCGGAUACCUACAUUGUUUUUGGAGAAGCAAAGAUUGAAGAUUUAAGUCAACAAGCUCAAGUUGCAGCAGCUGAAAAAUUCAAGGCUCCGGAAGUAUCACCUGCUACAGAGCAGGGUGGUGGUACUGCUGUUGUUGCUCCAAUCCAAGAAGAGUCUGAAGAGGAGGAGGUCGACGACUCGGGAGUUGAGGAAAAGGAUGUUGAACUAGUUAUGUCUCAAGCAAAUGUGUCUCGAGCUAAAGCCAUCAAAGCUCUUAAAAAUAACCAAAAUGAUAUUGUCAAUGCUAUUAUGGAGUUGACAAUGUGAUAAAAAGUUCUGAGCUGUGAAGGUGGAAGAAGUGUGUCUGUGCUUAAAAAAUAGAUGUAUUUAGGUUGAACAUUAGUUGAAAAUACCAUGCAAUUCAUUGAAAUCAUAUUAACUAAUUGUUCAACACAGUCCUUGAUUUCAAAUUCAAGUCUGUACAUGUGGAUCACAAUUAUAGAUAUAAGAUUAUGACUGUUGCAGCAUUCAUUUUUAUUUCGGCCUUCCAUAUUGAAUGUGUAGUAAUGUUUUAUUCCUCAAAACCAUAUUUUUCUAAUGCUGUAAUGCAAUACAUGAAAUUUGAUUAGUCCUCCUUCCCCCCCCCCCCCCCCCAUGGUAAAUUUAUAGAUUUGUUGUUACACUUUGAGUUUAUUUUACAUAUAGUGUUAAAAGUUGAAUGCCAUUUGAUAGAAAAUUGUUUUUCAAUUUUUUUAAACUUUAAAAGAAAUUCCACUUUUAUGGAUAGUUUCUUAUACUUCUCUGCUAUGAGGCAAAUGAAUUCCAAUUAGUUUAGAGUACAGAAGAAAGGUGUGAAAUAGCACUUUGAUUUGCGAGUGUGACAAAAGAACUGUUUGAAUUUGAAAAGCUGUUAUUUGUAUCGAUUAAGAUUGACAUGGCUUCUAAUGGAGUUCUACUUCCCAUUUAAUCCUACCUGUUGUCAGAAUUUUUCAGUUGUUUAAAUUUCAAUAAAUUUACAUUUGUAUUUUAUCUUAAAAUCAACUUUUAAAAAAGUUUGUUUUUGUACCUUAUGUCUCAAUGAAGCUUACUAACAAGUAGUUUUAUUCAGUACUCUUUCCACCAAGAUCAAGUAAAAUUAAGGUGUCUGUGUUUGUAAAGAAGCCCCAUAUACCAAUGAAAGCUCUUAUGCAUUAGCAAUGGUUUGUAAUUAAAAAUAAGAAUGUUCAUUGAUCUACUCCAGACAAACUUUGUUCUGCUCUCAUUUUGCAGGAUGCAAGAGGAAUGGGAGGUUUGGUUAUUUCAAUGCCAGUAGUUGGAGAUUACUGUUGCUCAUUAGGUUAUUGAUUAAAAUGUUUUCUACUUCAUAGGAAUAAAUUCUUGAUAUCAAGUGAGGCUGUUAACAUUAGUGGCCUGACCAUUAAUUCUCUGAUUAGAGAAAAUUUCUGAUGUCUUGUUACAUUUGAAAACAUUCGUUUCUGAAUGUUUUUAUAGUGUAAAUAUAGUAGUUUGGUUUUUUAAUCAAGAAAUACUCUGCUAUUGCAUGUUGUAGAUCAUAAUGGUUGUCAAGCUUGACAGAUUUAACAUUUUUUUCCCCUUGAGGGUUAGGUCACGUUUGCAUUAAGGAAAUUUAUGGAGACCCUUGAGAACUGCAAGUUGAGCUUUUAAUUAUUAUCAGAUUGAUAGUGUAAUACGGUUAUUGUGUGGUUUGGGUGAGGGGGGGAUUGUUCUGUCUAAGAGAUGGGUAUCCCUUCGUAGAAAAAUAUUGAUUUGUCCAUGCUAGUGGCAACUCAGUUUCUUAUACAGAAGCCUCAUUUAAUAUUUCCAGAUUUAAAAAUUCAAUUUUUCUUAAUUCUUAGCAUUUGCUUAUUGCUGAUACAUUUCAUGCUAAAACUUUCUUGAUUGAAAUUCAUAGAAUUAUUAAUGGAAAUGCUCUGAAACCAUUAGACAAAUGUUUUUAUAAGAAAUAAGGUUGAAACUAUCAACUAAAUUACACAAAUUGUGAGUUAAGCCGCUUAAGUGCUUAAUUUCAUGUCAACACACUGAACUCAUUUAAAUUCGUAAUUCAACUAAUCAGUAAAGAUCUGCAAGAAAUUCUGUAGCUCAAUAAAAUUUUUACAUUAGUACUUGCAUAACAUUGUGGAUUGCUUGAGUAUUUUCUUUGGAGACAUGCUUCUUUGCGAUAUUGGGAAUUUCAAGAGAUUAGGGUGGCCUAAUUUUGGGGAAAGCAAAAAAAUAAUUUCAUUAAAUAUAUUCUCAUUUAAAUAAACUUAUAGUCGUCAUUUCACAUGAAAGAAGACAAAAAUUUGCGUCUUAUUUACUUUGGGAUGGUCGUUUCUUUGUUGGGCAUUUAAUGAAGUCAUGUGUUUCACUUGCUUUAUAAAGCUCAUUUCAAAUUUGUUCUGUCCAAUUUUGUUUGAAAUUUGUUCAUGCAUCAUGACCUUUUUCCUCUUUAGAAGACCUUUCAUUUCAUCUUUUGGAGCACGUGCAAGUUUUCUGUGCAGAAAAUAAUGACAUUUUAGUGCAUUGCUCUUAGACAUUUUCAACCAAUUCUUUUAUCAUUUGAAAAAUAUAUGAAUAUGUUUUCUUUGGAGAAAAAAAAAUUCCCAAUCCAUUUUCAGUUUGGAUUUAAACAAGAGAUUACCUAUGUAUGUAAGCCAUCAAAAUUUUAAAAUAUUUCAUAUUUUAGCAUAUUUCAAGGUAAUAGCCAUUACAUAAGAAUGUCAUAUGCCGCAUUUUGUUUUAAAAGAAUCAAGCGUAGUGAUAGCAUUAAAAUCUUAGUAUUAAGAGUCCUAAAUUGCUUCCUAACUCAACAGUUUUAAAAUGAAACACCAGAAAAAAUUAAGUGUCCAUUUUUUUUUCUGUUAAUGGUAUGCAAAGACUACUUUGCUCUUUGUUUAUGUUCAUUUUAAACUAUGGUGUGUAAUUAUUGAAUUGUGAAUUAGUCACUUCACGCAUUCUGCUUCUU